ACAUAUUAUCAAUAUUCAAUGUAAAUAUCGUUUUUAACUUACCAUUUCAGUCUAUCGUUAAACGAUAAAAAAACAAACUAUAUUCAAAUAUUUUUUUAAUAAUAAUUUAUAUAUAUUUAGAAAAAAUAUAUAAAAAUGCAGUGGAUGAAUUUUCGAAGAUGUCUUGGAGCAGUGAAACAGAUCAAUUUAUUAAAUAACCGUCAAGCUAGUAAUAAUUGCAAAAUUUUUAUUUAUAGUCAUGAUGUAGAAAUGGCAAAAAAAAAUGAAUUACCAAUUGUUGUCUUAGAAUCCACAAUUAUUACUCAUGGAAUGCCUUAUCCUGAUAAUUUAAAGACAGCUAUUCAAGUGGAAAAUAUUAUCAGAAAAAAAGGUGCUGUACCUGCAACUAUAGGAAUUUUAAAUGGACAAAUACAUGUUGGUUUAAAUAAUGAACAACUGCAAAUAUUAGCAGAAUCACAUUCUAAAACUGUUAAGUGUUCAAGCAGAGACAUAUCAACAAUUGUUGCUCAAAAAUUAAAUGGGGGAACAACUGUUAGUGCAACAAUGUUAAUAGCAAAUCUAUUACAUUUGCCUAUAAUGGCAACUGGAGGUAUUGGUGGUGUUCACCGUGGGGCAGAAAUGACUUUUGAUAUUAGUACUGAUUUAAUAGAACUUGGACGUACUCCUGUAGCUGUUGUUUGUUCUGGUGUUAAAUCUAUAUUAGACAUUGAAAAGACAUUAGAAUAUCUGGAAACUCAUGGAGUUCCAGUUAUAAAAAUUGGUAAAACAAAUUAUUUUCCUGCAUUUUAUUGCACUGAAACAUUUCAGAAAAUAAAAGCACCACAUAGAGUAUCAACUUCAGAAGAAGCAACAGAAAUUCUUAAAAAACAAAGAGAAUUAGGUUUUCAAACAGGAAUAUUGUUUACUGUCCCUAUUCCUGAAAAGUAUGCAUUAGAUUCUAAAGAAAUGGAAUCAGCUAUACAUAAAGCUCUAGAAAAUGCAAAAUAUCAAAAUAUCAGUGGAAAGAAUGUUACACCAUUUUUACUAGAAGAAUUAAAUAGAAUUACACAUGGUCAAUCUCUUCAAGCUAAUAUGGCACUCAUAGAAAAUAAUGCAAGCGUAGCAGCAGAAAUUGCAGUGAAUUUGGCAAAAAAAUAUCUUCAAAAUUCUUUUAACAAUAACACAUCCGAAUGCAUUUUUGUAUCAAAGCGAAAUCCAAUUGUAAUUGGUGGAGCAGUAAUGGAUACCACAUUGCAAAUAAAGGAGUCUGAGAUAAAAGACGAUGGUAGAACGCAUGCCGGUAGAAGCCGAGAAAGUUGCGGCGGGGUCGGACGAAAUAUCGCCAACGCCUUGAUCAGCCUUGGUCUGAAUGCUACGCGGUUAAUAUCCGUUGUAGGUAACGACCAGCCUGGGAAAGCUAUAAUUAAAAGUCUAGGAGAUGGUGGCCAGACCGUUGAGCAGUUGUCAAAUAUGAAUACAGCUAGAUGUACUACAAUUAUCGAUUAUAAAGGUGAAUGUCGUUUCGGAAUUGGUGAAAUGGAAGUGUUUACGAGUAUCAGCCCGAAUCUAGUGAAGAAAUAUCAAUCAUAUGUGGAGAACUCAAGCAUCAUUGUACUUGAUGGCAAUCUACCUUUAGAUACGAUUCAAUACUUAUUAGAGCUUGCAACAUAUUCGAAAAUUCCAGUUUGGUAUGAACCUACGGAUGUAAAAAAAGCAAUGAAAAUAUUUGAAGCAAAGUUACAAUGGCAAAAUGUUUUGCAUUUUAUAUCACCAAACAGAAAUGAACUAUUAGUCAUUGGAAAAUACCUUGGCAUACCAAUACCUGAUAAUAAAUUAACUAUGGACUUAGAAGAAAUAAAAGCAAUUGCAGAGCAAGUAGCUAAAUUUAUUCCAGUGAUUAUAUGUACAUUAGGAUCACAUGGAGUCUUGGUUGUUCGUAAAGCCUUAGGAAAUGAUCCUUUUUAUGAUAAAGAAGGUAAAUUAAUUGUCCAUAGUAUGCCCAUCACUUCUCGUUUAUAUCCUCCUUUAUCUUAUAUUUCUGAUAAUCCAAAUGAAACAUUUAAUGUAAGUGGUUGUGGUGAUUGUCUUACUUCUGGAAUAAUUUAUGGAAUUCAUAAAAAUUUAGAUGAAAUUAGCUGUCUUUCUUUAGCUUUAAAGGCUGCAGCACUUUCUUUAACUUCAUUAGAUGCAGUUCCUGCUUCACUUUCAUUAUUAUGUAAUGAUACAAAAUAUUAA